AUGAAGUCGGGUGCCGCGAUUCUCAACACUGUGCACGAGAAAAUGCAGAGCAUUCCUGUCCACGCAUUUAUUGUGCCAAGCAGUGAUUCCCAUAACAGUGAGUACGUAGCCCCACACCUCCAGCGUAGAGCUUUUCUCACUAAUUUCAAAGGCAGCGCCGGUACCGCGGUCAUCACUCAAGAGAAGGCCCUUCUUUGGACUGAUGGACGCUAUUGGAUUGAAGCGGCGGAGUCCCUUUACCCCGAGUUCCAGCUCAUGAAACAGGGCCACCCCGAUGUGCCCUCUAUCGAGGACUGGAUUGUUGCGGAGAUGGGCGUCGAUGCGGUGGUUGGUAUGGAUCCACUUGUUUGCACCAUCUCGGAAUGGAAACACCUGAGCAAGAAGAUAACGCUCAAGGCUAUAGAAGACGUUGUGGGCCCAAUGAUGGCAAGUAUUCAUGUCCCCUCACCGCUGUAUCGGCGUCCAGUGGAGUACUCCGGAGCCACCGCGGCGGAACGUCGAGCGAUGAUUGUUGCCGAGUUGGAGAAGCAAGGGUGCGACUUUACAGUGCUUUCGGCUCUUGAUGAGGUGGCCUGGCUUACUAACCUGCGUGGUCGAGAUGUUCCGUUCAACCCCGUCUUUUACGCAUAUGCUAUUGUGGAGAAGGAAAACUCAAAGAUAUGUGUUUAUGUCGAUAUGGAAAAGGUUACCCCGAUGGUGAAGGACGAAUCUGCGUCAGAGAUAGAAUUCUUUCCCUAUGAUGCGCUGAUUCCAACUCUACAGAGUCUUCCCAAAGGACAGGUGGUGCUCCUUGACGAGCGUCAGACUAGUCAGGCAAUUUACAACAUCCUAACGGAAAGAGAAAUUUUGGUGAAAUGCGUCGUGUGCGGCUGUGCGCAACGCAUGAAGGCCAUUAAGAACGAUAGCGAGCUCAAGGGGUUUCGUGAGUGCCACGUGCGCGAUGGCGCGGCCCUCACACAGUACCUAGCCUGGCUGCAUGAGAAGGUGGUUGUAAAGGGUGUCACGACGCUUAACGAAUACGAAGCGGCGCAGCGACUUGAGGAGUAUAGAGCGGCCGAUUCACUUUUUGUGCAGCUUAGUUUUGGCACCAUCUCGGCUGCGGGGCCCAACGCUGCGAUGUGUCACUACACGCCGACUCCAACUCGCUGUUCCGUCCUUCGCCGAGACCAGCUUUACCUCGUGGACAGCGGCGCCCAGUACUGGGACGGCACCACUGAUGUCACGCGUACCAUCUGCUUCGACGAGCCACGUGACGAGGAGAGGGAAGCCUACACACGGGUCCUCAAGGGGCACAUCGCCCUGAACGAGGUGACUUUUCCCAAAGGAACUGCUGGGUACCGGUUGGACGCACUGGCGAGGCUCGCGCUAUGGCAGGUUGGUCUGGACUACUGUCAUGGCACUGGGCAUGGCGUUGGUUCAUUUCUUUGUGUUCACGAGGGGCCUCACGGCAUUGGCAUUCGUCCCUUGCCCACAGAGGCUACUGUUGACCUCCACUGUAUCGUGUCUAAUGAGCCCGGGUACUACAAAGAGUCUGGUUUUGGAAUUCGUAUUGAAAACUUGGAGGAGGUCGUGGUACAACCAACCAAGUAUAGCAAAGACGGCUUCCUGACGUUAUCCUAUCUGACAAUGGUGCCUCUGUGCCGCGAGUUGAUUGAUGUAAGUCUUCUCACACAACGGGAACGGGAUUGGGUAAAUGCAUACCACACAACAGUGGUCGGUAAGCUAGAGCCGAGACUUCAGGAGAGAGGUGAUGAGCGUGCUAUUGCAUACUUGAGGUAUCACACACAACCCAUUUAA